CAAGUAAUAUUAUUGACUUGUAAUAGUAGAAGCAUAAACCCUUAGAAACCUCUUCAGGCUCUUCCGUCCCUCUUCCUCCAUAUGCAGCAAAAUACAUGUUUGCUGUUUCAGUAAUGAAGUCCUUCCUAACCCCAACGUUCUCAGCCAUCCCCAAACCCACUCCUUUUGCACUAUUCUCGUUCGCCUCCAAAUCCCAUCCAUGCAACAGCACAACUUUCCGACACCCCAGUUUUCUCCCUCUAAAAUCCGCGAUAUUUUCUCCCAAAUCCGCAUUUCUUUCAAUCCAAAAUCGUGGCAUGCACGUGGAGGUGGCUCCGCCGUCGUCGACUGGUGAGAUUCACGUGAUCGUUGGCCCGAUGUUCUCCGGAAAAACCACCUCGCUUCUUCGCAGGAUUCAGUCUGAGAGCAGCAAUGGCAGAAGUGUGGCUUUAAUAAAAUCAAAUAAGGAUACGAGAUAUGGAUUGGAUACAAUUGUGACACAUGAUGGGGUGAAACUGCCAUGUUGGGCCUUAGCAGAUUUAUCAUCAUUCAGACAAAAGUUUGGUCCUGACGCAUAUGAUCAGUUAGAUGUGAUUGGUAUUGAUGAAGCUCAAUUCUUUGAGGACCUUUAUGACUUCUGCCGUGUAGCUGCUGAUCGUGAUGGAAAAACAGUAAUAGUUGCUGGACUAGAUGGUGACUAUUUGAGGAGGAGCUUUGGUUCUGUGUUAGAUAUAAUUCCCCUUGCUGAUUCUGUGACCAAAUUAACUGCUCGUUGUGAACUUUGUAAAAAACGUGCUUUCUUCACCUUAAGGAAAACAGAGGAGAAACAGACAGAACUGAUUGGCGGGGCUGAUGUCUACAUGCCUGUUUGUCGACAGCAUUAUGUUAGUGGACAAGUAGUCAUCGAAGCUGCAAGGACCGUGCUGGAAUCUCGGAAAGAUGAUUGCGUCUCUCUUGCGUAGUGCAAACUACUUGGUAGGAAUCAGGAUUUCCUAAUAUUCCUUCGCAAGUAGUCUUCACAAUUUGUUAAGACUCUGGAACUACAUUGGCGUUAAGAACGUUAUUUCUUAGGCACAUACUAUAGAUGUACAUAUGUUUAAAUCUAUUCACGUGGAGAAUGUUUGAUUGAAACUUCAACUACCAUCAAUAGACGUUCUGGGAAAUUGAAGAUUCUGGUGAUGUGGAUUUCAAA